CCUUUUUGUCCCGCCCCAUAUCCCUGCUUCGGCGAAUGACUGUUUUGUCCCGCCCCAACCCGCUGCUUCAGCCAAUGACUGUUUUGCCCUGGUCGGAAUCGUUAGAACCUGUUAGGAAUCGUUUGAAGUGUGUUAGGACCUGUUAGGAACUGACUUCCAGUCCAUCUACCGCAGGGUGGCGACAGAUAUAGACGGCACGUCGCUUACACAGCCACUUUAUUACACCUCACAUGCAUGCUAUGAGUGCGCGCUCGUUAGCUUAGUGAUUAGAGUCGCGCGCGCUCACCGCUGAGAUCCGAGUUCGAUUCCCGCCAGGAGAUUUUCGGGAAAAGAGAACAAAACUAAUUUGAAUAGAAGAAAAGUUUAGCUUAGUUAUAAGUAAAAUGAAGGGUAUAAAAGGCAUAAACAUGCUGCUGUGGUCAAAAAAAAAAUACUCCGGACAAGACGAAGUUUACGGCUCCGCAAACACAACGACGAUUCCCAACUACACGAAGACGGUGAAUGAGAAUCUUUACUCUCUUCACUGCUACACAGCUCGCUGGUGGAAAACGACAUACGAUUGCAGUUAUACGUCUAAUAGAAAAACUAUUACGUGCAGCGGUCAUGGGACAGUCGUUUGCGAGAUUAACGCUGAGCGAAGACUCUGAAUGUCGCAGUAGACUCGUGUCGCAGCGGUCAGAGACACAUCGCCUGAGGUUUCGUUCCUUGACCCUCGGUGAGGUCGGAGACCUGUUCUCAUAUGUACAACGGCUACAACAGGAGUGUCAGGGUUGGUUGCUGGCUGAUAGUCAUGAUGCUAGAAGGAUUGUGGAGAUGUUGGUAAUGGAGCAGUUUCUGAAACAGCUCCCAGAAGUCACCGCCCGCUGGGUUCGGGACAACCAACCAGAAACACUAAACAAGGCCAUCGAUUUCGUGAAGCGCCACGGUUCGUCUACCGUUGUUGCAGAAUUCAGAAUUCAGCACUCACAACUCUCUGAAACUGUGCUGUAUCACCAAGAAGAUCAACUAAAGCAAAAAAAGCAUCUAGAGGCCAUGGAACAAAUCCAACAGUCGUUUGACAGAUUAACGCUGAGUGAAGACUCUGAAUGUCGCAGUAGACUCGUGUCGCAGCGGUCAGAGACACAUCGCCUGAGGUUUCGUUCCUUGACCCUCGGUGAGGUCGGAGACCUGUUCUCAUAUGUACAACGGCUACAACAGGAGUGUCAGGGUUGGUUGCUGGCUGAUAGUCAUGAUGCUAGAAGGAUUGUGGAGAUGUUGGUAAUGGAGCAGUUUCUGAAACAGCUCCCAGAAGUCACCGCCCGCUGGGUUCGGGACAACCAACCAGAAACACUAAACAAGGCCAUCGAUUUCGUGAAGCGCCACGGUUCGUCUGCCGUUGUUGCAGAAUUCAGAAUUCAGCACUCACAACUCUCUGAAACUGUGCUGUAUCACCAAGAAGAUCAACUAAAGCAAAAAAAGCAUCUAGAGGCCAUGGAACAAAUCCAACAGUCGUUUGACAGAUUAACGCUGAGUGAAGACUCUGGAUUUCGUAGUAGACUCGUGUCGCCGCGGUCAGAGACACAUCGCCUGAGGUUUCGUUCCUUGACCCUCGGUGAGGUCGGAGACCUGUUCUCAUAUGUACAACAGCUACAACAGGAGUGUCAGGGUUGGUUGCUGGCUGAUAGUCAUGAUGCUAGAAGGAUUGUGGAGACGUUGGUAAUGGAGCAGUUUCUGAAACAGCUUCCAGAAGUGACCGCCCACUGGGUUCUGUACAACCAACCAGCAACACUAAACGAGGCCAUCUAUUUCGUGGAGCGCCACCGUUCGCUAUCGUUGUUCCUCCUCCUUAACAUCUGACCACAGUGGGGCGUGGAAAAGGAAAACGUCCGCGCGGAUUGUUUUUAACAAUCACCCUAUCAAUAUCAGCAUGUAGCCUGAAGACAUCAGUUACUCGUGUUACUUAUAUUUAUUGUAAUUGGGCAAAAAUGUGUGUGUCAAUGUUCGUCAAUAAAAAAUCUUUGGCAAUAUGGAUUUUUAUUUUCUUGGAUAUGUGAUUUGUCAAUAGGGGAAUUUGAGAGAUUUGUACUCUGAUACACACGUCCGCGUAUCGUAUUUCCAAACAUGUCGAAAAAUUCGUGAACCAUAAAAAAAAAGGGUAACUCAGUAAAACUGUAGAAAUAGAGAAUCCUAUAAAUGACUCAGGUGAACACCGUCGAUCUCUUAUUCUCCUUCCGCUGACAGUGUGGAAGGUUGACGUUUUCCAGCAACAGGUGUAUGAGGCUCCGCCUUUGAACGACGGUGUUAGAUUACACAUAAAAGGUCGCGUACGCCUUUGAAUCCGCAUCCACAUCCACACAGCACUAAGGUCUGUACACUGAAACGUACAGUGAAUGGUCAGGAGAGACUCGUGUAGAGCGGAGAGAAUCACGUCGAAUGGAUUUACUUAAGCUGUAUUUAUAUGUGCACUUGCUCUAGUUGCUCAAUUCCUCUUCUGCUACUCCAGACAGACUCUAGUCUGUGCUCUAUGUAUCUACAUCACCAUAUAUAGACGGCACGUCGCUCAGACAGUCACUUUAUUACACCUCACAUGCCUGCAGUGAGCGCUUUUGUUGAUUUAGUAAUUAGAGUCGCGCGCGCUCACCGCUGUUAUCCGAGUUCGAUUCCCGCCAGGAGAUUUUCGGGAAAAGAGAACAAAACUAAUUUGAAUAGAAGAAAAGUUUAGCUUAGUUAUAAGUAAAAUGAAGGGUAUAAGAGGCAUAAACAUGCUGCUGUGGUCAAAAAAAAAAAAAUACUCCGGACAAGACGAAGUUUACGGCUCCGCAAACACAACGACGAUUCCCAACUACAUGAAGACGGUGAAUGAGAAUCUUUACUCUCUUCACUGCUACACAGCUCGCUGGUGGAAAACGACAUACGAUUGCAGUUAUACGUCUAAUAGAAAAACUAUUACGUGCAGCGUCCAUGGAACAAAUCCAACAGUCGUUUGACAGAUUAACGCUGAGUGAAGACUCUGAAUUUCCCAGUAGACUCGUGUCGCAGAGGUCAGAGACACAUCGCCUGAGGUUUCGUUCCUUGACCCUCGGUGAGGUCGGUGACCCGUUCUCAUAUGUCCAACAGCUAGAAAAUGAGUGUCAGGGUUGGUUGAUGGCUGAGAGUCAUGAUGCUAGAAUGACUGUUGAAACUGUGAUGAUGGAGCAGUUUCUGAAACAACUUCCAGAAGAGACCGCCCACUGGGUUCUGUACAACCAACCAGCAACACUAAUCGAGGCCAUCUAUUUGGUGGAGCGCCACCGUUCGCUAUCGUUGUUCCUCCUCCUUAACAUCUGACCACAGUGGGGCGUGGAAAAGGAAAACGUCCGCGCGGAUUGUUUUUAACAAUCACCCUAUCAAUAUGAGCCUGUAGCCUGAAGACAUCAGUUGCUCGUGUUACUGAAAUUUAUUGUAAUUGGGCAAAAAUGUGUGUGUCAAUGUUCGUCAAUAAAACAUCUUUGACAAUACUCAUUAAUAUGGAUUUGUAUUUUCUUGGAUAUGUGAUUUGUCUUAUUUGUCAAUAGGGGAAUUUGAGAGAUUUGU